UUAGAUCAGGUCAAAUGUAAGAAGAAAUUACAAAAGCAAAGAUGGAAAAAAGAUGUGAAAUGGUUUUGAAAGUAAAUGAAGAGGAAAGGGAUAAAUUGAUGAUAUUUUUGAAAGAGCAAAAUAUGACAUCAUGUAUUGUUGAAAAGAAAUGUAUAAAGAGAAAAAGGUCUAAAAAGGAUGAGAAAGGAAGCACUUCUUCAAGCCAAGGAAAUAUUCAGGAUGAAAGUGGUGACAGAGAUGACAAUGGUGACAGUGGAGAUCCAGAUUCAGGUCAUGAGGACAUUGCAUUACGAGAAGGACAAUGUCCUUAUUGUUUCAUCACCCCAUGUGUUGCUACCUCAUAUAUUACGGCUCCAUGGGUAGGAAAUGGCCAACCACCCUCAAAUGCAAACCCCCAGAUACGAAAAGGGAUAUACAGAAGAUUUUGGAAAUGUGUGAACAAUAUGUAUGGAUGGUUACUUCCACAGUAUUUGGAUAAAAAGAAAAGACUUGGUGGUGGGGAAUGGGUUGUAAUGCACCAGCGGGAAAUUAUGCCGGAGUGUGUUUUGGAACUUGUUAGAGAACUUUAUCCUAAUCCUGUUGGAAUCCAAUAUAUGGGGCAUAUGUGGGAAUAA